AACAUCUUGGAGAGGAUGGCAAUGGAAACUUAACGGCAGAAGCCAUGAUAGCUUUCAUGAGCAUCGCCUUACUAGUUGCCCUGUUCCUGCUCAACUCAAAUCGCAUUCAGAAAGCCACAGAAAUAUGGAACGAAUGCUUGAUUUUGCUAGAUAACACCGAUCAAAACAGCAAACACCAAUUUACUUCACGACCGUUUUUAAUGAUUUACAGGGCUAUUUAUCAUGCUCUUUUCGGCGCUUAUCGUAGUAUCUCUGACUACAUCAGUGCGGAAAGAUACGGCAGGAAACUGCUUGCCUUAUACAGCGAGAAUGGUGACUUAGUAAAAGAAGGAGAUGUAAGCAUGGCUCUAGCAGAGAUUUUAGAAAGUCAAAACAGGUUUACAGAUGCCAAACAACUUUAUGAAAAAGCAUAUGUUGGGAGGGCCCUUGCCAUAAGAACCGAAAUUGACGACAGAAAAGGAGAAGCAGUUGACUAUGGAAACUUAGGUACUGUGUGCAAGGAUCUCGGGCAAUAUGAUAAGGCUAAAGAGUAUUUCCAAAAAGCGCUUAAUAUCAGAACAGAAAUUGGCGACAGAAACGGAGAGGCAUCAUGCUACGAAAACCUUGCUGCUGUGUUUCAUUCGCUCGAGCAAUAUAACAAUGCUAAAGAGUAUCUCCAAAAAGCGCUUGUCAUCAGAACUGAGAUUGGCGACAGAGAAGGAGAAGGAGCUGAUUACAGAAACCUAGGUGCUGUGUUUCAGUCGCUCGGGCAAUACGACAAUGCUAAAGAGUAUCUUCAAAAAGCGCUUACCAUCAGAACAGAGAUUGGCGACAGAGAAGGAGAAGCAGUUGACUAUGGAAACUUAGGUACUGUUUGCAAGGAUCUCGGGCAAUACAACAAGGCUAAAGAGUAUCUCCAAAAAGCACUUGUCAUCAGAUCUGAGAUUGGCGACAGAGAAGGAGAAGGAAUUGAGUGCGGAUACCUAGGUACUGUCUUUGAGUCUCUCGGGCAAUAUGACAAGGCUAAAGAGUAUUUCCAAAAGGCACUUGUCAUCAGAACUGAGAUUGGCGACAGAGAAGGAGAAGCAAUUGACUACGGAAACCUAGGUGUUGUGUUUCAGUCGCUCGGGCAAUACGACAAGGCUAAAGAGUUUCUCCAAAAGGCGCUUGUCAUCAGAACUGAGAUUGGCGACAGAAGAGGAGAAGCAGCUGACUACGGAAACCUAGGUACUCUGUUUAAGUCGCUGGGGCAAUAUGACAGGGCUAAAGAGUUUCUACAAAAAGCACUUGUUAUUAGAACUGAGAUUGGCGACAGAAGAGGAGAAGCAGCUGAUUUCGGAAACCUUGGUACUCUGUUUAUGUCGGUCGGGCAAUACGACAAGGCUAAAGAGUAUCUCCAGAAAGCGCUUGUCAUCAGAACUGAAAUUGGCGAUAGAAAAGGAGAGGCAGCUGACUACGGAAACCUAGGUACUGUAUUUAUGUCGGUCGGGCAAUAUGACAAGGCUAAAGAGUAUUUCCAAAAAGCACUUCUCAUCACAACUGAAACUGGCGUCAGAGACGGAGAAGCAACAUGCUAUGGAAACCUAGGUACUGUGUUUAUGUCGAACGGGCAAUACGACAAGGCUAAAGAGUAUCUCCAGAAAGCGCUUGUCAUCAGAACUGAAAUUGGCGAUAGAGAAGGAGAGGCAACUGACUACGUGAACCUUGGUAAGGUGUUGAUGGUGGUCGGACAAUACGACAAGGCUACAGAGUACUUAGAGAAAGCCUUAUCCAUAUUCAGAGAUAUUGGAGAUAGAAAAGGAGAGUUCGAUGUCCUUGAAGGUUACGCCAUUUUGCAUUUAUUUCAAAAUAAAAUCGAAGACUCCCUUUCGUGUCUUCAACUGUGCAUUAAAAAGUAUGAGGAGCUGAGAUCUUUCUUGGGGACCAAUGAUCAGCUUAAAACAUCAUUUCUGGAGGUCUCAGGAAUAUUUCCCUACAAGCUGUUUAGUAGUUUGCUUUGCAGCACCGGAAAUGUUCUUGACGCUCUUUAUGUUGAGGAGUUGGGUCGAGCUAGAGGCUUAUCAGACUUGAUGGUAGAGAAGUACUCGGUUGAAACACACAUUUCUGCUAAUCCACAAUCUUGGUUUGGCAUUGAGAACAUUCUUAGAAAGAAAAAUAACUGUACUUGUUUGUACAUUUCUUAUUUUCACAAUCAUCUGCAUUUGUGGAUCUUGAAAACAAAUGGAGUCCUUCACUAUCGAAGCAUAUCACUGGAAGAGAAUCUAGUGCAGGCUGGGUUGCCCAAAGAUUUGUCUUUGAGUAAAUAUUUGGCUGAUAAUUUCCGGAGUCUUGGCAUUUGGCCCAUUGAGGAUUGUGAAGAUCGGUCUUUAAAUAUGGUUGAAUUGCAACCUCUCUCCCCCGAACAAAAGAGCUCAGAAAAAUUGCGACUCGUCGAGGAGGACGACGAUGAGGACGAGGAUGAGGACGAGGAUGAGGACGAGGGAGUCAUUUCAAGUCUAUCUUUGUGUUACAAAAUGUUUAUUGCCCCCGUUUAUGAUUUGCUUGAGGAACCUGAAGUCAUUAUUGUCCCUGACCGCAGGUUGUACAAAGUUCCUUUUGCUGCCCUGAGUGAAAAGGAGGGAGCCGAAUACCUGUCGGAGACUCAUAGGAUCCGUGUCAUUCCUUCUUUGACGACGCUCCAGAUCAUUCAAGAUAGUCCACAGAACUAUCACAGCAACACUGGUGCCUUGAUAAUAGGCAAUCCCAAGGUUGAUUGGUUGCCGCCAUUGCCAGGCGCAAGAAAGGAAGCGGAGAUGGUCGGACGACUGGUGGGUGUUCCGCCUCUGGUAGAAGCGGAAGCAACGAAGCAGGCGGUACUUGAGCGGAUAAGUUCAGUGAGUCUGAUUCAUUUUGCUGCCCAUGGUAACGCUGAAAGGGGAGAAAUUGCCCUCUCCCCCAUUCCUACUUCCAACAGUCGAAACACUAUCCCACCUCAGCAAGCUUCCAUGUUGACGAUGUCGGAUGUCUCACGAGUGAAAGUCACAGCUAAACUGGUGGUACUUAGCUGCUGUCACAGUGGAAGUGGAGAGAUAAGAGCCGAGGGAGUUAUAGGGAUUGCCCGUGCGUUCUUAGGAUCUGGUGCUCGUUCCGUGUUGGUUGCGCUAUGGGCCAUUCCAGACUCAGCAACAGAGCAGCUGAUGAGUCGGUUCUACGAACACCUAGUUGGAGGAGAGAGUGCCAGUGAAUCCCUUCAUCAAGCCAUGAAGUGGAUGAGAAAAAACGGCCUUACCAAAUUGUCUGAGUGGGCUUCGUUUACGCUGAUUGGAGAUGACGUGAGGCUCGAGUUUGAGAAGCAGAGGAAAAAUGAUCCAGAGAGAUUAAAUAAUGAAAAUUACUCGAAGUAA